AUGAGACUGGGACUCGUGUGUUUCCUCAGCUUUGUGUGGCUGUCGGAGUGCGCGCCUCCGACCUGCUACUCCAGAGCGCUCGGCCUGGGAAAAGAAGUGAUGACUCUACUGGAUUUUAUACACACCUACAAUCGCACGAAAACGUGUGCUGAGGUCCUACCAACGAUCUUCAUUGAUGUGCAUAACUCAUGCGUCACAACCAAGCUCCGUGAUCUUCUCUACGUGCUGCUGAACCAUCCCAGCCAGUACUGCAGAGAACGUCCCAGAAUGGUGCUGCUGAAACGCAAAGUCCAGAACUUGCACACGAUCAUCACAAGAAUUUGUUAUCGGGACCUGGUAUUUUUCACAAAUGAUUGCGAGGCUAUUGAUACUGGACACAGCAGCCCUUACUUGGGAGAGGACAGACUUCAGCUUCUGCAAGAGGAUAGAUGA